GCUGUGUUGUUACCUUCCCUCGCGCUCUCGGGCGCGUGCUUCGCUGCUUGCUGCUGUACUCCUUUAGCUUUGGCGCCGCCACCAAACCGAGUAUUUGCGUUUCGAAGCCGCUCGAUUUUCUUUUUAUUUUGGUUCCGGGAAAGGGGGAAACGAACCAGCCGUUGAACGCGCUCGUCCAAGGUCCUCGCCCGCCCCGGCCGAACGUCUCGAACGUGACAGAGAGCACACGGCGCGCGCACGUCGCCUCGAGACAACACACAGCGCGGAGCGAUCCCCCCACCACCACAAAAGACCGAGCGCUGCGCCUGCCCCUUUUGACAAGUCGCUGGUGUCAGUCCCGCUGAGCGCUUCAAGUCCUACCCGAGUGUUUUGCCACAUCGCCUCGUCGUCGUCGACGCUUAUUCGCCUUCGUCGAAGGAUCGUCUCCUCUGAAAUCCGUUCCCGCCACAUCGAGGGAGAAGUGGACUCGCGCCCCCGUCGCAGCCGCUGUUCGACCGAAAGGAAAGCUCGUGCUACGUGCCCCUACAGCCGUCGAUUAUGUCGGCGACUCCGCCGCAUCAGCCGCCAGCAUCUGCCAACGAUGACUCGCUCAACGAGUCAUGGGUGGAGCUGUACUAUGGUGCCUCGUCGUCGGCGUCUGAGCGUGCCACACCCCCUCUGACGGGCAACAUGCACAUCCUCGAGAAGCUGCUGCUGGAGGCCCAGAGAGACUCCAACGUGUCCUCCGCACGCGGCAGCGGCAGUCCCAAGAGCCCGCACAGUCCGGCAAAUGAAACCGUCCCCUUCAUCAUAAACAGGGAGGAGAAGCAGAUUGCAACCGAUUGGAUCUGGGACUGGAGCAGCCGCCCUGACCAGCAGCCUCCCAAGGAUUGGAACUUCCGUCACCCGGUGAGUGUGGGUGGCACCCGGAAACGUCCCGUGCUGAGUCUGCGUGGCUCUCGCAUCAUCCGCCUGGCCGACAUCUUUCCCCUACUGCUGCUCAGCAACAUACUCUCCAUACUACUGGGCGCUGGCAUCGGGGUGUGCAUUGGCCGGCGUAUGAGGGUGGCCAACGUUGAAUGAUCUCGCCGUCAUGGUGUCUCCGACGACAUGGGCGCAGAAGUUGCGACCUGGUUUGAAGGCUCUGCGCUCGUCGUCGAUCAACGCUGCUUCUCUUUUCCUCGAUCGCCCAGCACCUGAACAGUUGUCGACUUCCUGUGGAACAGCUCGCCAAAAGCGUUUGCCCCCCCCAAGAAAACGGAACACUCCUCCUUUUCACACUCAAUACGCCUUCGGAACGACCUGGACUGCUGAGGAAGCAGCCUAAUGUAACUUCCCGUGUCUUAACGUAGUGCGAUAAUCACUCCUUUAUAUUUAGCGCAAUUAGUUUUUACAGUCGUGUACACCCUUUUUGGAAAACAGAAAAGAGAAAAAAAAAAGAAAGAAAGAUGGUUGUGCUUUUGAGAUGCAUGAAUUCAGUCACCUGCCGCGUGUCCGUGCAAAAUGUGUGCUCAGGCGCCGCUCUUCAUUUAAUUCCAACCAUGUAAAAAUGAAAAAGCCUAACGAUCAGUGUAAAGGAAUGCUUAACUUCCAUGGCGUAAUUACCGCACAUGUGCUGAACAUCUUUAGCAAGUAGGCAGGGCUAUGGGAAUAGCGUCACGUUUAAUGGGAUUGAUUGUGGUAAGCACUUCCAUGUCAUCUCAUAUGCGUGCCACGUGCUUGGACCGGAUUGAGCUUGACAUUCUGGUGCUCUUGAGGCAACUUGCAGCUUGCCUCGGUGAUGUGCACUGUGGAGAGAAAACACAUCACAUGCCUCCGAGUUGUCGAUGGUAAGAAGUCAUGGGCGGUACUUGUAUGCGCAUAUUUUGCAAUGCGAUUUGGCCUUGCGCUUCCUCGUCCCAUACUCUUUGUCUUUCAGGCUGUUCUUCAGCAUGGAUUUUGAAAGCUCUUCCACUGUUAAGGGGAAAAAAAAGCUUCGGAGCCCCAUAGUUCAUAUCAAACUAUUUUGGUGCAAAACAUGAAAAUGACUUUACAGGCCUUGGGAAAUGUACAUAGACUACUCCUGCAAAUUUCUAGAAUUAUUUCUCUGAUGAAGUGGCUUGUCAAUCACCAGAAUGCCAUUCUUUAAGCUUGUAGCUGCACAGUAGAGCCUUUUAUGUCUGGAAAUGUGAACAAUUUCAUGACAAGUUUUGCAUAAAAUUUUUCAUACCUUAAUAUUGAACAAACUGUGCAUGUUACUUGGUUUUCUGCUGUUUAGAACGUUUUGAUAUAGCACUUUGUCCAGUGAAGGUUCAUUACCCUUGUGUAAUUUGUCGUGAAAAAAAUCUGCUAGAAGUAAUUUUGCAUCCAGUGAUUACAGUUCAGUGCAGUUCAGAUGUACAGUGAUAAUUGCAGCACACGAAAUUUCUAUUAUUAUAAGUCAUCGUACUAGGUACACUGACGUAGAAUUUAAGCGCAUCUUUUAGGAUCACUUACAUCUUUGGUACGUUUUCGAACCUCGCAGUCCUGCGCUAUCUAUCGAGUCCAAAGAAGCCCUGGAAGAAAUAUAAAAAAAAAAAGCUUGAUUAUAGCCCUUGGCAGUUGUACUUCAAAGUACAGAAGCAUUUAAUGCACAGUCCGCAACACAGCAUUGCAUUGCAAAUUAUUCAUUUUCUUACAAAGCAUAUUUGGUUUGUGCAGACUUAUGCAGUGACACAGGUAUUGCCGGCAUUGUGUCCAUCGUAUUUAGCGAACAUUUAGCAGUGUGGUUUGAUCUUUCUUCGACAGAGCUUUUUGCAAAGAAAGAAUUUGAAUCUAUGCCGUUUGUUGAUGUAGUUGAGAUAGAAACCAAUUACAUAUGCGGCCUCAGAAACAGAAUUUUACGCAGAUACAAAACAAAAAUCUGUAGCAUUGGCACGAUUCGUCUAUUAUGAGCAAUACACUGCACGCUAUCAUUGUAAGUGCAUUGUGCUGCACAUUCGAUUGCACUGGUACUCCACUAGCAACAUUCAUUUCGGUUAAGGCUUUGCAUUCACUCAAUUCAUCAUCUGUACUUGUACUCGGUUAAAUCGGUACUCUUGCCAUUUCAUGCUUUCGUCGAUGCACGCGACUGUGUUAGCUAUUUUUUCAUACGUACCGUAGCUUUUGGUCUGUAGUCCGCACCCACCGUAUAUAGCCCACAGCAGACAAAUAUCUGCACAGAUAUCUUCUUUGGGUAGUUUCGAUGGAAAACAAUUUUCUGUCUUUUUCUUCUCGGACAAUCGCAUAUUUCUUUAUGCUUCGUUUGUAUAUCUUUACAUGUUCACAAGCAAAUUCGUGUGGUGAAAAGUAUCAGCUUCUACUAUAUAGCGUGUGGUAUUCGCUUGUUUGUUGGGAGCUGUAGUGAAAAUAUUGCUUAUGGGCGGCAAACUUAUUUCAUUGCUCUAUUUUGAUCUGGUUAAAAUAUUGCUAUGACAGCAGGGCCCAGUUAUUAAUUUUCAAAUGGGCCCAUGAGGCAGGGCAAUUUCGAUACCAGCGUCAUGAGUCUUUGGCUCUGACAACUGGCCUUUGAAAUUCUUCAGUGUAGUCUGCACCACGUAAUAUAUUACGUGGUGCGACCUUUGGCUUUGAAACGCGUGUAGCCUGUGGAUUACACAUCGGGAAAUGCGGUAGUUCCUGUAUGUCUGCAGUGCCUGCCUUGCUUCGGCCUUGCUUCGUUCCUCAACAGCUUUUAUUGUUACUUGCGAUUUAAAUGUGUAUUCCUACAUGGAAGUCCGUGUACCAGUGUGUAUUUUGAGAAAUUUCGCUGGAUGUUCCCUACACUGGUGUUCGUGGUUGUGGAUUGCCUUCAGUGGUGUGUAAGCUUUCAGGUUACGUGUAAAUAUCCCUAAGCAUGCAAACUUCGAUGUUUUUAACCGAUGACGUCCAUUACUAGGAGCAUACAACAUUCAGUAAAAAGUUAGUGGAUUUACCUUCGAUCGUGAAACCUUUUCAUCUAUACUUAACCAGCAAAUGGAAUGCUGCAGCUAAUCAACAAACAGCUUCUCCAAACUCUGCACUUAAUUUAUUCCACUGUUAAAAUUUCCAGAUUUUACCGGUUGCUUACUUAUCUGUUCUGGACUGCACUGCUCUAGCUUUUUAGCUGUUUUAAGUUUGCUGCAUGUCAUCUAAAAAAAGGAUCUUUUAUUCAGUCUGUGCGCGUUAAAGAUGACACUUCAAAAGCCCUUUCGCUGCAGAAGUGGUUGUUAGCCCAUUAGCUCCAUGUCAUGAUUCGUGCAGUGUUGAACUUCCAUUUAGGGCACAGCGUAAUUUGUGAGAUACACAUCCAGCCUGCCUCCAAGAACAUCGCUUGAAUGUUGUCGGUCUUUUUCUGUGGGAUACACUUCACACAUUAAUGCCAUACGAAGCACGGCUGCAACCUUGCACGAUGACUAUCCAGUGCAACUCGAAUCUAACGAAAUUACCGUAGAUGUUGUCUUCGUUUGGUACUUAAUGUGCUGCACAUUGUUAUACGCUGGGAAAGUUUUGUAGCACUGGCCUCACCUUGCUUUCUUUCCAACGCGAGAGCUUCACUGCUGCUAGGCAGUGCAAACAAGCGACGCUGUCAGGCAUUCUUAAUGCACGCCUAUGGAAAGCGCAUUUUGCUCUUGUACGCUUUGUAUACUCCCCCACCCGUUAAAGACCUCUUGUGCCAUAUGUCUCGUUACAUACUCAGAUUGCCUGUGCUACUUCUUGAAAAAAAAAUGGCAGAAAAGUGUAUAUAGUCUUCAGUCAUAGCACUGUGUACUCUUUGUCAAGUGUGUCAUCAGCUGUGUCCACAGCCGGGAUUUUAUUACCGUAGCAAAAUGUACGGCAGUGUUGGCCGCGUUGUCCUAGCCUUCUACCACAAAAGCUUGCAGUUUUGCUUACUACUUGCGCUGUUAUCAUGUCAGGCAUAAAACUUUGUUCUUUGCCUACUUUAGCUUCACCAGACCUGCUUAUAAUGGUGUUAUUUCAAUGUGGAAGCAUCUACAUUUUAUCCGAUAUUUGUUCAAGCAUGCGUGCAUACACUGGCAAUUUUUAAAAUUUUUCUAGCUUUGAUUUGAUAUAUCCGUAAAUUCUUGAUAUCUGUAUUUGUUAUAUUCAGAUUUCACCCUGCUUGCUGGAAAAUAUGGUUCAACCAGAAUUACCUGUGUUGCCAUUUGUGGUUAUAAGUUAUAGUGUUUUUCGUCCUUAGAGGGGUAGAAAAAGCAUAUCCUUCGGCCAGCCUGUGUUUAUUCUGUAACACAUUAAUAUAUAGCAUGUAAUGUUAGAGGCCUGUAGCACAUUGGUUCUUCAGUACUGAACUUUCUUUGAACUUGAAGAAGUUCACAACACAUUGCUGGGUGCUGGCCGAAUGGCUUGAUGUGCAUUAACUAGGCUGGGAACACUUGCGUAGGCCUGCCUGAACCGUGGCAGGGUGUGUGUUGUUACGCAUGUUUGCACUGGUCUUUCCUAUCUGGUGAUAAAUAUUUACACUCCAUAUCGAACAGAAAAACAAAAGGAGAGACUUAUUUUGCUGCAAUUUUCACUCCUAUUAGCCAUCCGGUAGUAAUGUAGGGAAUCUGAGCUUGCAGUCUUCUCGGGCGCCGUACACGAGCCAAAUUUGUCGAAUUUACAGAGGAUUUUGGAGCACUAUACCUAGGGUGUGCACACGUUUCAUAGCCUCUUAGUCUUUCUCUUUUCAUAGUGAGGAGCUUUACUUCAGCUCGCAUGUUUGGUACAGUUUUGUAACAGAAGCUUGUUGGCGAAAAAGACUCCUUUCUGUACUCUCAGUCGACCAGCAGGCUUGCGGGAUAAGAUGAAAAGUGAAACGCGAGAUUUCAUAACCAUUUUGUAAAUUUUUUUGAAGUCUUGAAACCCCUGUAGCUGUGUAAUAUUCUUCGAUGAUGUGGGCACCGAGAAGAGCCAGGUGCCCAUGUUUCUUUGGUGAUGUGAAAAGGGAACAAUGUACGAGGGGGGUUGGCUCGGGAUUUUCUUUGAUGUUUUCUUAGCAUUUUCUUGGACAUAUGUUGGGGAUGUUGUGUCUGAAGAGUGUAGCGAGUUUUUCUCUUUGUGACCCGCGUUGGUUUAGUGUGUGCGCAGUCGUAGCGCUCUGAUUGGCUUGCGCUAAUCAAAGCCGAGUGGCUCUCGCCGCGCUACCAGCUCAGGGCAGCUUUUCAACUUUGUAAUGAUGCACAAAAGCAGCGAAUUUCAUGAUGUCAAAGAAGUGGUGAUGUGCUUCAAUGUGAAUAGUUUAGGAGUGUCACGAGUAACCGGCUGUCGCACACUCGAACGAGUCGAGCUAGAAGUGUCGACUGCGGCAUCGUUGUACGAGAGAGAACGGUGCACUGAUACGGCAUGCUUUUUGACGAAAGUAUUGGAAAUAAUUAAUGGUGACUGCAACUAAAUGAGGCAUUCCUCGCAAGCAGCUUGGCCAAAAUUUUCAAUUAUUUGCUGUUGGGUGCCAUCCGAUCUUCAGCUUGUCGAUUCGACUGUGCAACAGUUGCUGUAACCUAUGUGGUGUGUACAUAACUAUCAAGAAGCAAUGCGUUUUGGUUUUUGGCUUUGGGUGCACUCGGUUUUUAUCGUUUACGUCUCGCGGGCUGCAGUUGGCAGAGUUUGCAGUUUUUGUAUAUUGCAUUUUGUCUUUGGUACGUACGAUAUGUGCACUGGUAUGUGUUAAUAUUUUUUUCUUCUCGACAGUGCUCCAAUGCCCAACGCAUGGCCCGCCUUUUUCGUUUGUGUAGAGAAGGCGCAUUCGAUGUAACUCGCAGAGGGCGGUUUUUGUUUUUCUCUUCGUGCUCUCAAGAAGGAGAGGAUGUGUGUGACGAAAUGGCGCAGCCCUUUGCAUGUGUUGAUUUAAAUAAACAAAUGAACGUUUACCCA